AUGCCACGCCGUGGAUGUGGUGUUCGUCGCAUCUCGCCCAUCAAGAAGUUUUUGGGUACUCAUGACAACAUCUUCCCUCUCGUAAGAGAUCUUGGCGCUGAGGCCUGUGCAGUUCCGCAUCUUAGAGGGAACUUUAGGCAAGAACAUCGCUUCUUAAUACCCAACAAGAAAGCUGGAGCUAACACACUCGAUAGGUUCAAUGGUUUGCUAGUGUUUUCCCGUCUUGCUGCUUCGGCGCGACGUCUAAUUGAGCCUACUUUUAAAUACUUGCACGAGGCUCCAGAUAUUGUUGCAGCUGCUGCUUGUCCCAGAAGAUCCGUACUCAGUGUCAUUGCGCUACUAGUAAGACAAAGAAAAACUAGCAUCUUCUUGAUAUUUUUUCCAAGUCCUGCACAACCUCCUGCCAAGAAGAUGAUCUCAUGCUGCUGUGCAAUGGUACGAGGGCUCUCCAUUCUGUACAGCGAACCGCUUCUGAUGGGAUGA